AUGUUCGAUUGUGGGCAAGAAAACAAUUUGCAACCGAGAAAAGCCGAAAAAGUAGUUAUUGGAGCCAUGGCCUUCCCAUCAGAGGAGAUCAGGAAAAACCCCCUGGAAGCCCAUACACAUCUAUUAAAAUGGGUUUGCAGCCAAGGAGGUCACAUAAAUGAUACUGUGUGCAUAGCCCACGACGACCAGCGCGGCGUCCAUCUCCAAGUGAAAGCCGACUGGCCUACAACAGUCCCAAAGGAGACGAAGGUAAUAAAUGCGCCCUUAGGCGUGACAAUGUCCUACUUCAACGCAGUAGAUUACAGCUCCGCGAAGGGGUCGUUCUCUUCGCAUGGCGUGAAGCUCCCGCAGGCGUUCAUUGAAGGCGUGGGAUUGGCAGAGACGAUGACUUUCUUCCUCAUCGCCCACUUUCUGCGGGGAGAGCAGAGCUUCUGGUACCCGUAUUUACGGACUUUGCCACAGCCCGGACAGAUGACGACACCGCUGUUCUUUGGAGAGGAAGAUGUGGAUUGGUUACAGGGAACGGGAAUCCCGGAUGCUUCGGUGUCGAGGUAUCGGGAUUGGGACAAGCAGUAUGAUUUCUCGAUCGAGAAGUUGGAGCAGGCUGGAUUUGAGGGAUUUGAGGCGUUUACCUGGGAUUUGUACCUCUGGGCAUGGACGAUUCUUACGUCUCGUGCGUUCUCGGCUAAGGUGCUGUCAAGUGCUGUAGAGGACGCUGAUCUCCCGGAGGAGGGUAUUUCAGUGCUGUUACCGCUCAUUGAUCUGCCAAAUCAUCGACCAUUGGCAAAGGUCGAGUGGAGAGCAGGCGAAGAAGAUGUUGGCAUGAUUAUUCUGGAAGAUGCCUCGCCAGGUCAGGAGAUCUCCAAUAAUUAUGGCCCUCGGAACAAUGAGCAAUUGCUCAUGAAUUAUGGAUUCACUAUCACCAACAACCCAACGGACUACCGGAUUGUAAAACUGGGGGUGGCACCAGACAGUGCCCUCGGCCAAGCGAAAGCCCGCCAGAUCCAGAUGUUCCCCCAACUAGCCGCAAAGACUGACGACCAUUACUACAUUUUCAAUGUGUCCUACCCACUCCUUACACCCCAAGGUCCUAUGGAGCACGCAAUCAUUUCACCCGCUCUAUUCAAUGCUCUUGCAAUCAUGGAAGCAAACGACCGAGAGCGCAAGAGGAUACAGAUCGAGGAAUCAAGUAUCUCAAUCCAGGCGACUUACGGUACUAGCCGUAGUGCACUGGCAGCGCUUUCUCAGACCUGCCUUGAGCUCAUUGCACACAUUCUCCAGCUGCAAGGCAGCGCUCAAGACCUGCCAUCAGAGCCGGCCAACCUCAAACAGAUAUUUGCAAAGGUCUACCGCGAAGGCCAAAUAACGAUAGACAAAACCGCAUUGAUCAUCGCGUCCUGGACUAUCGCUCGAGCACGGGAGCACGAACGCGACGAGAGCUGGGAGGGUAUCAAGAGCCUUUUGAACGAGCACAUGUCGAAAAUUCCACCUGACACCUUCCCCGAUGAGGUUAUGUCUCGGACAAAGGUGCGCAUUCUCGAGCGGCAAUCACUUAUCCCGAAGAACGGUGAACUAUUCCGACUUGCGGAGCUCUUCCGUCUCCUGCCGAAAGACCUGCAGGUACCAAGUCAGAAGUACUUCAUAGGACGUGCUGCGAAUGGGCCAUGGGGGACCGACCCGCAAGUGAUGUUUGCGCUCGCAAUUAACUUUUUGGUUGCAACGGCGACAACUGAUGAUCAGGAAAUACAAGCUAAGCUUUCCCCGCGGUUGACUCGAUGGGUUGACUUCUUGGUCAAUGAAUAUCCAUUGCCCGCUGGGAAGGCUGAUGAAUCUGCGUCAGCAGCUCAGCAAUUACUACAAGCUCUCUCGAAGGACCGAGAUGGUUUCCUUCAAUUGGCUGAGCAGGAUGGAGUCACUUGGUUACCCUCGGCUAGCAAAUGGUUGGCUCCGGAAUGGCUACAGUGGGCGUGCAUCGUGGGCGAUGCAGAGCGGGUGUUGAUCCCAGUUGAACCCCUGCAGGUAUUAGUGACAGAUGAACCAACCAUGGCGAAGCAGGCAGUGCUAUAUGUACCACAGCUAUAG